UUCGUGUGAGAAUACAUAAAAAAUAACCGUAUGCAUUAAAAAAAAAUACCAAAUCGUGUCUUGUAUGACAGUCUGAGCAGAGGCUGCACAACAGAUGAUUGACGGCGGGGUUUUUGGUGUUUCUGUCUGCGGUCUGUUCUCUCAUUGGCUGACUACAACCCCAGCCACGAAUGCAGCUAUUAGAUUGGCUGCACAUCCUCGCCAGCUGUACUUCAAAGAACACGCUCUCUACAACUAGGUAGUGUUGGGAGCUGCGAGCCAAGAGAGAAACCGUGUGACCUGAGUCAAACACGGUGAGUCUUGAAUCACAUUGGAGCCGUACAGCAUUGACAUCGCGGACACUCUCACAACAGCACAGACCCUGGAUAUGGCUACGUCUAUACUUGGGGUGAGUCUGACUUUUUUUUUAUUUGUGCGCAAAAGUUGUGCGUAAAAGUUAUUGGAACCCACUUUUCCUUUGCCACGGAGGAAGUGUUUUGCCUUUCAUAAACACGCAUGCUUUCACAUCUGUUAAGGUUAUGGAUACUUUUAUGUUAUUUAUCAUGACUUGACUUGUUUUGGUAGCUAUUUUAUAUGAAAUACACCUUUAUUUGCUGACAAAGCUCGACGCUAUCUUGAUGAAAGAUGAUCAAACUUUAUAGAGCUUUUAGUAUUUUCUCCUCACUAUAUACACUGCUCUUAUCUGAUGCAGGUAAUAUUUUACGACAGUGUUAAUUAUUAUUACUUCUACUAUGUUUUAUUUAUGUUUCACCUUGUUGAAACAAUAGCCUACAUUCUCUUUUCUCCCAACAUAUAUCUGAUGAAAUUAUAAUUUUAAUAGUUGUUUUAUUAGUUUAAGUUCAAGUUUUGUUGAGCAUCACUUCCAAGUUUACCUGCUCAAGUGGUUUUAUUUGUGUCUAAUUGCCUGUUUAAACUCGAGCUUUGUUGUGUGUGUUUUUUUUUAGGAAGAACCACGGUUUGGAACUACACCUCUAGCUAUGCUGGCUGCAACUUGCAACAAAAUUGGUAACACCAGUCCCCUUACAACUUUACCUGACUCGAGCGCUUUCUCGAAAGGUGGAUUUCAUCCGUGGAAAAGAUCCUCCUCGAGCUGUAACUUGGGAUCCAGUCUGCCCGGUUUCACAGUAGCAACAAGCCGCGCGACGACAGGACUAACACCGACGAGUGGCACAGGCAACAGCGCCUUUUGCUUAGCCUCCACCUCCCCGACCUCGGCUGCGUUUUCCACAGAGUACAGCGGUUUGUUUUCCAACUCCGCGAGCGUCACAUCCCAAGAGUCUGGACAGUCAGCUUUUAUCUCCAAAGUCCACACAUCAGCAGAGACUCUUUACCCGCGGGUUGGGAUGGCGCACCCGUAUGAGUCGUGGUACAAAUCCGGUUUCCACUCGACCAUCUCUGGUGAUGUUACCAACGGGGCGUCCUCGUGGUGGGAUGUCCACACUAACCCCGGGUCGUGGCUCGAUGUCCAGAAUCCUGCAAGCACCCUCCAGACCUCGCUGCACUCCGGGACACCCCAAGCCAUCCACUCCCAGCUGAGUGGCUACAACCCGGACUUCUCCUCGCUGACCCACUCGGCGUUUAGCUCCACUGGAAUCAGCCCCUCUGCGUCUCAUCUACUGUCCACCAGUCAGCACCUGUUAACGCAAGACGGAUUCAAAACCGUCAUCCCCACUUACACAGACGCUUCGACCGCCAACGCCAUGAUCUCGGGGGGCAGUUCAGGAAUAAGUAGCUCCUCAAGGUCGUCCAGGCGGUACUCCGGCAGAGCAACAUGUGACUGUCCCAACUGCCAGGAGGCUGAGCGGCUGGGACCCGCCGGGGCCAGCCUGCGGAGAAAGGGACUCCACAGCUGCCACAUUCCCGGCUGCGGUAAAGUGUAUGGAAAGACAUCUCACCUCAAAGCUCAUUUGAGAUGGCAUACCGGCGAGCGGCCUUUUGUGUGCAACUGGCUUUUCUGUGGCAAAAGGUUCACUCGGUCCGAUGAGCUCCAGAGACACCUCCGCACCCACACCGGCGAGAAAAGGUUUGCGUGUCCGGUGUGCAACAAGCGCUUUAUGCGCAGUGACCAUUUGAGCAAGCACAUCAAAACGCACACGGCCGGUGGAGGAGGCAAAAAGGGGAGCGACAGUGACACCGACACCAGUAACCUGGAGACCCCGAGGUCCGAGUCCCCAGAACUUAUUUUGGAAGGGGUAAAUCCCAGGAUCACUGUUAAGGAUCCGUCUCCUCACGACGAGCCCUAAUGGGGCUUCUGAGAUCACCCAAAAUCAAACCAGAUUUAAAAAAAACAAAUAGAAAAAAACAAAACUGCACAGCAUUGAAAACGGGUCUUAUUUGACAGACAAUAAAGGAGAAAAUAUUUCAAGAAGCGAUUGCAAAGUCUAAAAAAAAUAUAUUCUCCAACAGGCGUCACGAGUAUUUAAUUCGUAAAUCCAUCUAGAGAAAAUCCAGAGUGAUAUACUGUAGGCCUGUGGGGAAAUUUUUAGGGGUCAACUUGAAAAUGAAAUGGAUGUUUGCUUAAAAGGGUGCGCGGAACCUGUUGAACUUGGUUGGACAAUGUGAGUUACAUCUUGUAUAUGACGACUAAACUAUGUGUUAUUUUCAUGUAAAUGUUAGGCUAUGAUUGUUUUAUUCGUGUUGGUAUCCUGGAAAUCAGGGAGUUUACUUUGGACGCACUUUGUGGAUAUGUAUGUACACAGCUUUUUAAACUUUUUGGUUACCCAUUUUAUUUCUUUGCUAAAAAAAAAUAUCUAUAUAUAAAUGUUUACCUGUAUAAAGUCACACGUAUAAGACUUUCAUUUUAUCGUAAUUAAAACAUCUUAAAAAAGGCUGUUAUUGUGUGAUGUAGAUUGUUAUAUUUUUAUUUAAUGAUUCGCCUUAUUUGGAUUUUUUUUUUUAAAUAUUAAGGAGUUUAUUUUAAAGUCA